AUGGCUAUUCAUUACAUUAGACAGUUUGAAAUUGGUGAUGUUGUUUUUCUUAAAAGAAAAUUUAUUACCUACAAAAACUAUUAUAUUGUUAGUGCUACUUCUAUUAAAGUUACAACUUUGGAUUUUGAUAGUAUGCCUGCAACUAGAAUGAACAUUGUAGUCACAGGUUUUACUACACAAAUAGUAAAAAAUAUAGAAGGAAACAUAAUACUAGAAUUCUAUGUUGAAGAAAAAAUUGGUACAACAACUACUAGAAGAAGCCAAAACCUUCAAGCUGCCUUGGAAGCAAAUCCUAUUCCGAUUACUACUGAACAAACAAAUCAGAAAAUCAAUAAUAGUCAAGUUGAUCAGAAUAGUCAAAGAAUUGCAUGUGUUUACUGUGAAAAAUUGUUAUAUCCAGAAAAAGCUCUCUGA